AUGUAUGUGAAAUACAAACAGGGCAUAGAGGAUCUCCUCAGGAAAGGCUAUGCAGAGGAAGUUAGUGAGGAGACUAGGCAACCCAAGGACACCCCUGUUUGGUAUUUGCCCCACCAUCCAGUCUUGAAUCCCCAAAAACCAGACAAGAUGCGAAUCGUGUUCGAUUGUGCGGCCAAGCACCAAGGGGUAUCUUUGAAUGAUGCAGUGUUACAGGGGCCGGACCUUAUCAACAAUUUGAUGGGAGUUUUGCUUAGAUUCCGCCAGCAACCAGUAGCACUCAUGUCAGAUAUAGAGGCAAUGUUCCACCAAGUGAGGGUACCUCCAGAAGAUCGAGACGUGUUGAGAUUCUUGUGGUGGAAGGACGGAGACUUCAACAAGGAACCGCUGGUCUACCGGAUGUGCGUCCACCUCUUCGGAGGUACGUGGAGCCCAAGUGUGUGCAGCCAUGCACUUCGUCAGACAGCAAGAAACGGUGAUGGUAAUGGUAAAGUGGAAGCAUCUAAGGCCAUUCUCAAGAACUUCUAUGUGGACGACUGCCUGGUGUCAGUUGAGAAUGAAGAAACAGCGGUGAAACUUGCUGCGGACUUAAUGGUCUUGCUCAGUGAAGGAGGCUUCAGAUUAACCAAAUGGGUCAGUAACAACCCAUUUGUCCUGCAAUCCAUACCAGAAGAAGAGAGAGCUAAAGAUGUGAGGGGUCUGGAUCUCAAUCAUGAUGCUCUUCCAGUCGAGAGAGCACUUGGAAUCAGCUGGGAUGUAGAAACUGAUUGUUUGCUGUACAAACUUAGACCCAAGGACAAACCCCAAACCAGGAGGGGUAUCUUGAGUGUUGUAUCUUCCAUCUACGACCCUCUCGGUUACGCCAGUCCUUUCAUCCUAAAGGCUAAGAUGAUCUUGCAGGAACUAACCAGACUUAAACUUGCAUGGGAUGAGGAGAUUCCAAGCAAGGAAAUAGAGAGAUGGAAUGAAUGGUUACAGGAACUACCCAAGAUGACUGAAUUCCAGGUCAACAGAUGCAUCAAACCACAUGACUUUGGCAAGGUAGCAGAGUAUAAGCUACAUCACUUUGCAGAUGCUUCAGAGAAAGCCUAUGGAGUCGUUUCCUACCUGCGGAUGAAGGAUGUUGAGGGUCAGGUGCACUGCAGCAUACUAUUUGCAAGGUCACGUCUUGCACCCCUGAAGAGGAUGACAAUCCCACGGCUUGAACUGAUGGCGGCUACACUCUCUGUCACUAUAGACAGUAUGAUACAACGGGAACUGGAUCUGCCGCUCCAAGAGUCAGUGUUUUGGACUGACAGUUCAAUAGUACUUCAUUAUGUGAAGAAUGAGGAUAAACGUUUCCAUACGUUUGUAGCAAACAGAAUUACAACCAUUCAUGAGGGAUCUGAACCAAGGCAGUGGCGACAUGUUAACACUGAUGUCAAUCCAGCCGAUGAUGCCUCGCGUGGACUGACAGCUGAGGAAUUGACUGGACGAUGGAAAGAAGGGCCAAAAUUUUUGUGGUCAGAAGAAUGCGAUUGGCCUAAAAGCUUGACAGUGAAUGAGUCUAGCUUAGAGCAUGACCCAGAGGUAAAGCAAGACAAGACUGGAGUGUUUGCUGCAGCCGAAUCUGAAGUCAAGGCGACAGAUAGACUCCUUGAAAGUUACUCGUCCUGGUUCCGGCUGAAGAAAGGUAUUGCAUGGAUCCUGAAGGUCAAGGAGUGCUUGAGAAGAAAGGCACGCAAAGAUAUGAAUUUACUGGAUAUGAAGCAGCCAGUAACAGUUGAUGAGAUGACUGUAGCUGAAGAAGCAAUUGUCAGAUACGUUCAGCAACAGACCUAUGCUGAGGAGUACAGAGUCUUACAGCAAAAUAAGACUACACAACGGUCACCCACUCGAAUAGCAAAAUCCAGCCCACUAUCUAAAUUGAGCGUGAAACUCACAGACGAAGGAUUGAUAUGUGUUGGAGGAAGACUACACAAUGCACCACUAGAAGAGCAGACAAAACACCCAGUGAUUUUGCCUUCCAAGCAUCAUGUAGUACAGCUUUUGGUGAGACAUUACCACAUUAUGUGUGGUCACUCAGGGAAGGAGUAUGUGCUAUCCCUACUCAGACAACGAUUUUGGAUAAUCAGAGGGAGGUUAGCAGUUCGUCAUGUACUACACAAGUGUUUCACAUGUAAACGUCAACGUGCAAAACCAGUGGAACAGAAGAUGGCAGAUUUGCCGGCAGAUAGAGUGGUACCAGAAAAACCUCCAUUCAGUAACGUGGGAGUUGACUGCUUUGGCCCAUACAUGGUGAGACAAGGAAGGAGCUCUGUGAAGAGAUAUGGAUGUAUAUUCACUUGUCUGGUUAUAAGAGCAAUACACAUAGAGGUACUGCAUUCAUUGGAGACGGAUUCAUUUCUGAAUGCCCUUCACAGAUUUAUUUCACGCAGAGGACAACCAGAGAUUAUCAGAUCCGACAAUGGUACAAAUUUCAUAGGUGCUGAACGUGAACUGAGGGAGGGAUUGAAACGAUGGAACCAGGAGAAGAUCCACGAUAAUCUCCUUCAACAAGGAGUUGAUUGGAAAUUCAAUCCACCGAGAGCAUCCCAUAUGGGUGGAUCAUGGGAAAGACAAAUCAGAACUACGAGAAAGGUCUUGAAUGCAGUCAUGAAGCAGCAGGUUCUGAAUGAUGAGGGCUUAACGACUCUUAUGUGUCUAGUAGAGGCAAUUAUCAAUGGGCGUCCACUCUCCAUAACAUCUGAUGACGCAAGGGAUGCAGAGCCUCUCACACCAAAUCAUCUGCUGCUCCUGAGGUCAAAAAAUGCUCUACCACCUGAUGUGUUCCAGAAACAUGAUCUGUAUGGACGUCGACGCUGGCGGCAGAUUCAAUACCUGGCAGACUUAUUUUGGCGCAGGUGGGUGAAGGAAUACCUACCUUCCUUACAACAGCGGCAGAAGUGGCUGAAAGAGACGAGAAAUCUGGAGGAAGGUGACAUCGUGCUGAUUAUCGACAAUCUGCCGAGGAACAAGUGGUUGACGGGAAGAGUAAUCGAAACCUAUCCUGGGAAGGACAAGCUCGUCCGAUCGGUGAAGCUGAAACAUAGCACCGGUAUCCUAGUCAGGCCUGUGCAGAAACUAUGUCUUUUGGAAGAAGCAGAUAGCGUAUUGGUGAACCACAGCGACUAA